AAAAUAAACUCGCACAGACUUGAACAAAUCGGCGUCGUUUUAAGAAUGCAAAAAAAAAGUGAGCAAUACCACGUUGCAGCGCCUUAACACUUCCUGGCGUGGAUAAUUUAAAAGGACUUUCACGAGAUUAUAAAUGUUAUGACAGAAAUUUUGAAUUAAAAACAAUGAAGUGAACCAUUAAUAGGAGUGAUAUAAAACUAAAACAUAGAAUAUUGUCUUGUGGAAAUUUAAAUAUUUAUAAUUAACGUCAAAAUUUAAAUUACAAUCAAAAUUUUUGGGUGAACUCGUUAUCAAUCACAUGAUGAUAUACCUCACUAUCACACUCACCACCAUAUCACAUGUAACACACUACAAAGUUCAAUGGAUUGAAAAAAAAAAACUAUUUAAAACUCGAAAUUUAGGGAAGAAAAAGUCAAAAUUCUCUGUUAUUCAAGAUUUCAAGCAUUCAGCAAAUGUAGAUCUAGGCCGAAAUGGGAAAUAAAAGGCAUUUCAAAGAUUUAGCGAGCGAUUCACUCGCGGAAUUCCAUUUACACGGAAUUUCUGGAGGAAGUGGGGAACACAAGCUGUAUUCGACUGACGGUUUCGCAGAUGACGAGUCUUAUCACCCGAUUCCCGUUAUCAAAGGAGAUGUCGAACCAAAAGUUUGCUUCAGGUGUAAAACUAUCUCGGAUAAUCGAUCAAGGUGGUGCAGAAAAUGUUACCAAACGAGGGAACAGUGGAUGCCUUCAAGACCAACGAGAAAGUUACGAAAACGUGAAUAUCCUUUGGUUUCGAGCGAUGAAGAGCAUAUCUUUCCCCAACCACCUCUUUCGAAAUAUUCCAACUUGCGCCGGAUAAGGGCAGCAAAAAACGUGAAGGAAGAUCGUUCCUCGUCGGAAGAGUUUACUCAACGGGAAUUCUUCGAAGAAAGAAGAAGACAGCGUCUUAAGAGACGAGCAUACGUGAGAAAGAUAUUGGAAAAAGCUUACGAAGAUACUACCGCGUCAAGUACUGAUUGUGACAACGUCUGCAUGGUUUGCCAAAUUAGGCCAUUGGAAGUUGUUCUCGUACACGAAAAAGUAGCUCAUUUGUGCGUAUGUAAAAAGUGCGCCGCGAUCUUAGACAGCAACAAUGAAAAAUGCCCAGCGUAAAAUUUAGAACAAGCUAAUGAUUUGGAUUCAAAAUUCAAAGUAGAUGAGUAUGUUAUAAAAGCUCAGGUUUUAGCUGGUGGAAGAGGAAAAGGACACUUCGAUAAUGGAUUUAAGAAAGGUGUACAUUUGACUAAAGAUGCAGAUCAAGUCCUUCCGAUUGUUAAAAACAUGAUUGGACAUAAAUUGAUUACGAAACAAACUCCAAAAGACGGUAUACUAGUCAAUAAAGUAAUGGUUGCGGAGUCUGUUAAUAUUAUAAGGGAAACUUAUUUUAGUAUUGUUAUGGAUAGGGGGUUCGAUGGACCUGUUAUUAUUGCUUCACCAGCUGGUGGAAUGGAUAUUGAAGCUGUUGCGAAGGAUACUCCUGAUAAAAUUAAGACUUACCCUAUAGAUAUAGUAGUAGGAAUUACUCCAAAUGUUGCUGAAGAUGUGGCUGCAUUCUUGGGCUUUAAAGGUGAACAGAAAGCUAAAGCUGCCCAUGAGAUUAAACGACUGUAUGAUUUAUUUGUUAAUGUAGAUGCAACUCAAGUUGAAAUUAAUCCUCUUGCCGAAACUGAUCAAGGCGAAGUCGUUUCAGUAGAUGCUAAGAUCAAUUUUGAUGAUAAUGCCAGUUUCAGGCAGAAGGCUAUAUUUCUUAUGGAUGAUCACAGUGAAACUGACCAACAGGAAUUGAAAGCUGCCCAGCAUAAUUUGAAUUAUAUUAGGUUAGACGGAGACAUAGGAUGUUUAGUAAACGGAGCAGGUCUUGCCAUGGCAACGAUGGAUAUCAUUAAACUACACGGAGGAGAACCGGCCAACUUCUUAGACGUUGGUGGUGGCGUCAAUGAAAAUCAGGUACUUGCUGCCUUCCAAAUUUUAACCCUAGAUCCGAAUGUCAAGUCUAUUCUAGUAAAUGUAUUUGGUGGCAUUGUAAACUGCGCAACUAUUGCUUCAGGUAUAAUUAAUGCCACAAAGUCUCUUGAAUUGAAUGUUCCUUUAGUAGUCAGACUUGAAGGUACAAACGUAGAUGCUGCAAGGAAGCUGCUUGUUGAAUCUAAACUUCCUAUUACAUUUGCAGAAGACUUAGACGAAGCUGCAAAAAAAGUUGUUUCAUCUAUUAAAGCCUAA